AUGGCCGCCCUCGACCCAGACAAGGUGUCGCUGGGCGGCAGCGCGGCGUGUCUCAGCGUCUAUGCCAUCCUCACCGCACUGGUGGUGUACAACUCGAAGAAAUGCGCGUACUGCGACCAGCGGCUCGUGGUGUGUAACUACCUCAUCGCGCUGUGUUCCUUCCGCUUGGCAAUCUUCGCCCUCCGCCUCGUGGCCGCGACGAUGGACGGCUGGGGCGCCGUCCCCUUCUGGAUCAGCUACGAGCUCCUGCCGGCCGCGACAUUCCGCCUCGCCCAAGCCGGUGCCCAACUAGUCUUCGACUGGCACUGGCAUGGCCUUUCUCCCAGUGACAUCCCGCGUUCCCAGCGCCUAGGCUGGGCAAUCACCCGCCACCUGUUGCUGAGCAUAGCCCUCGUACUGAGCAUGUUCAACAUCCUCACCCGCGGCUACAUCCCGCUUGGCUACUUUGCCGCUGGUCUAUGGUGGCUCUCCGCUGCCGCGAUAGCAAUUGCCUCCGUGUGGAUCUGGCGUCGGCGCGCAGGCACAGCCGGCGUCGGCGCGCUGCUCUUCGCAUUCGCUUUCGCCCUGGCCGUUUCGGGACAGACCACCUUCGUGUUUCUCCUCACCACGGGCCGAUUCUAUUACCCACAAGAAAGGGCGGCAGGCUUCCCACUUCUCGAGAAGGGUGUUGUCGUCCUCAACGUCGUGCCCGAUAUGCUUGUUCUUCUGCCUGCUGUCGCCCUCGACAUGCGCGACCUCGACGACCUCCGCCGUUUCCGAUUUGUGUGGCACAAGUCACCAACGGCACCACACCCACCUCACGAACCGUACGAGACCCACGAGCUGCGCCAUCACCCUCCGCCUGAACGCCAAUGGGCGUGA